GAGUGGAAUGUGCACUUCCCACUCGCUGCAAAGUAACUUUACAAAUCAGCCAGAGGAAGCACUGCAAAACACAGCCAUUGCAGCAAUGUCCUGCUCCCAGUCGUGAAGGAGAAUGCAGUAAGAGGCUCUCUGUUGUCUCCGUUUACUGGGGGGAAACCGCUGCCGAGCUAACUCCAACUCAGACGGGGAUUAUGAGCAGCCCCUCUUACAGGACCGCCAACAGGAGACUUCAGAAAGAGAAUGGUCAGCUUCAGGCUCGCCUACAUUUUCUCGUAUAACCUGUUCCAGUUCUGUGGACACACGUGGAUACUGGCUAACACCAUGGCCAGGUUUCUCACAUUUGGUCAAGAUGCCUUAGCAGACACGUUUUACUCUGUUGGCUUUGUGAUGAGCCUGUGCCAGCUGCUCUCCAUCCUGGAGCUUUUCCACAUCGCAGAUGGGAUUGAGAAAGCCAGACUCCUACCUCGCUUCGUCCAAGUCAUGGAGAAGAACCUCCUGCUCACCAUGGUCAUCAUGCUGGAGGAGAUCCAGAGUAAACCGGUGGUGUGUGCACAGUUCUUCUUGUGGAACAUCCUGGACCUCCUACGGUACCCACACGAGCUGCUAUGUGUCAUGGAUACCCCCUCCACCGCCAUGCUGUGGACUCGCUACACACUCUGGAUCCCCUUAUACAUCCUGUCAGUGGCCACUGAAGGUGUGACCAUAUACCAGGCCCUGCCUUAUGUUGAGCCAACAGCACCAGCACACCUUGGCCUCCCCGUCAUCCUGGUGCUCUACCUGCCUGUUCUGGGACUGGGGGCCUCUGUCACCGUCUGGCAACUGCUGAAGGAGAGACAGCACCACCUGGAGAAAUGGACCAAGAAGAUGAAAAAGAACUGAUAUGUUGUCUUUUUUUGGGGCCUCUGUCACCAUCUGGCAACUACUGAAGGAGAGACAGCACCACCUGGAGAAAUGGACCAAGAAGAUGAAAAAGAACUGAUAUGUUGUCUUUUUUUGGGGCCUCUGUCACCGUCUGGCAACUGCUGAAGGAGAGACAGCACCACCUGGAGAAAUGGACCAAGAAGAUG